CAUUGAGAGGCAUGUCGGAAGGAGCGAUCGUGGGAGAGGGACCGAGGAGGAAGGGCGCUCGCCGGAGCAGCGCCGGGGUAACGUCGCCGACGCAAGAAACUAGCCUCCCCGAAAUCCUCUCCCCCUGCCAUUACGAGACUCUCGAGUAUAACACAGGCAGUUGUUGAAUCAGUGAGGGUGAGAACGCACUCGUAAAGUUGCCUUCGAGGGAGUCGCAAAGGGAUGCGCGAUAGGAGAAGCAGACCGAGAACGACGAGCCGCGGAGUUGAGGAGGGAAACGAAGAGGGAGAAGGAGCGAGACGCGGGGGAAGGUUAGAUAGAACAUGCUCGAGGCAGCAGCGACUCUCCGGUUAUCGCCGGAUAUGGGUCACUCGUGGAUCGAUGACGCCCGGCGUAGAGCCGAGAACGCGGACGGACACACCAACGGGGACGACGUUAUACCGUGCUUCACAAAAGACCAAUCAAUAACCGAGCCGCGAUGCUGCCAGUCUUCCAUAUCACGCGGGGCUUUCCCUAGCACGCGGACGCACCAAUAAUAUAUUCGAAGCUGGCAACCUUUGCCCUGAAAGAGACUUCUCGCUCCUGGUGCGACGAUAGUUCCUCGACAAAUGUCCCUAGGCACUCUCCCGAGGAGGGCUACGUUCAACAUUUCCUAGCUCGAUGCAACGAGCCUCCAACUCGACCAAUCUACGAACCAGUCUCAUACCAUGAGGCUUACUUUCGCAGUCUCGGGCUCGAAACUCUCCAAUUGCGGUUGGCUUUUCGCUCAAUGAAAUUAUAACGAGGAGGAGAGAACUGGCUGGAAGGACCGGUGAAGUUGAUUUUUCAUUUGACCCGCGGACGACCUCGAAUCAUAUUUUUCUACGCUCUCCCGGUGGCGAUAUGCGCUCCAGCAAUGUGGGAAGCUACCGAGGCGAGGUUAAACCACGAGCAGAUCACGCGGAAGCCUCGGCGUCUUCGGUCGUCCUGUGAAACGAUGGUAAAUCGUUUAAAGUGGUGACAAAUUCAAAUGGGAAGCGUCGGAACAGAAGGGGGAGGAAAAAUGAUCACGAUGCAACUCGGUCACACGCUCGAACAAUCGAAACUCAAAUAUCCGGAAUUGAACGACGAUAUUAUCAAAGGACUGCGAUUGUGGGCUGAGGCACACAACACAUCGAACGUUCCUGAUGAACAGCUCGCUCUUUUCGCUCACAGUUGUUACUAUGACUUGGAAACGACGAAACGGUGCGUGGCCUCAUACUACAAACUCAGGGCUAUCGUACCCGAGUUUUUUCACAACCGGGAUCCCAGGAGCGAUUCUAUUCAACGAGCCUUCAAAACCCUACAUUUUCUGGCACUGCCAGUACCGGACGACAAAGGGAACAGAAUAAUAUUUCAUCGUCUAGCGGACACGAGGCCAAGCUCUUACAUGCUCGACGAUGGAAUAAAAGUUUUGAUGAUGACACUGGACGCGAGUCUGUACGACGAGGGUUGCGCACCAGGUUACAUUUUCCUCUUCGACAUGGCCGGGGUCAGACUCACCCAUCUGACGAGGUUGUCGAUCACCAGCAUACGAAGGUUCUUCGAAUAUCUCCAGGAGGGACUUCCGGUCAGACUAAAGGCGAUACAUGUGCUCAACGUUGUCUGGUUCAUGGACAAAGUUUUGUCACUCGUAAGACCUUUCAUGAAACGAGAACUUUUCGAAAUGUUGCAUCUUCACACUGGAGAUCCUUCGGAAGUUUACGAGCUCAUACCUCAGAAGUGCCUCCCUAAGGACUAUGGAGGCGAAUUGGGCAGCGUUGCGAGCCUUCAUGAAGCCCAUUGCACGAGAUUGGACCAACUAAGAGAUUACUUCCUGGAGGAAGAACGACUCUUUCGUAGCUGGUCAGAAAAAAGUGACAGCAGGAGAUCAUCGAAAUCGUCCAAAGAAGAGACUCCCGUCCAUGGAGUGAAAAAGGAUAAAUUUAAAAAAAAGUCGAUCGACGUUAGCACUUGGGAAGAAUGCAACGAGUAAUCUCAACAUCGAUGAUCUUCGAUUUAUUAUCUUUUUGGUUACUUUUAUUACGAAUAUUUGUACACUUUGAGUAGAGAGUCGUAUUUUAUUACUAUUGCACCACUGAACUAAUAAAAAGUUAAGCUUUUUCAUCGA